AUGGCAACAGAACCAGCAUUGCUAACAGCAAUUCGCCGCUUGCAAAGUCCUAUACCUCAAUAUAUAUUAGGAACAUUACCAGCUAUAACAAUAAUGGGAGCAACUCCGCAUAAAGCACCUCUGGCACUGUGUGAAGACCUUACCUGUGAAGUAGAAACAUUGCAAGGGUACACCAACAUUAAACACCAACCAAUUCGGAUGAAAGCUGGAAGUAAUCUUGUAUUACGACACCUGUUGGAAGUAACAUAUGUUACGAAAUACAACCCAUACCUUACCAACACACGGAAGUUUCCAUUAAUGCAUACUGAUGAAUUGAGAACUAUGGGACGGGUAAUGAAUGGGGAGUUGACAGGAACCCAACCCAUAGAGGUAUACGGUGCGAUUAGUCGACACCAUACAGGAA